UAGUCAUUCAACGACCAACAGUCGACCUCGGGUUUCUGAGGAGAGCGGCCGCCUCGACGCCAUCUUGGUUUUCCACCUGUCAAACCGCGCGCCAAUUCAAGUGUUUGUGUUUUUAAAACUGUAUUUUUUCUAAGUGGCCAGUCUGUAGUUUUGUGAUUCCAGUGUUUUUUUUUAUUUUACAAGAGUGAAUGGAAACUUUGGAGUUUAUCGAAGUGUUUAUCACAUUUUAUUUUCCUACGGAUUAGCUUGUCGUGUGAUUGGUGUUUGCAAAAAGUGUUAGAAUUAUUUUAAUACUUGAUAUCCUGUGUUUCAAUCUGUACUCCACUUUCCGAUUAAACAAUGCGUGUUUCUGGAAACACAACAUUAUGAUGACGACCGCCUCACUACCAGCCAGCUGACGAUGUUGAAGAACAAUAUACGGAGAUAACAAUCCGAUGAAACUUACAGAAAACGGUCAAUGACUCGAACCAGAUGCAUAGAGCAAUAUAGACGAGGUACCCUGUACCCAGAUGUCAUCACUAAUGUCAGAUGAAGUCAAAGACAAGACAAAACAAGAUGGCGAUAACGUAGCCAAAGACGAAACUAAAACCGAUACCGAAUCGAAAGAAGUACAAGCUAAGGAACCGAAAUCCGUGUCCUUUAAUAGAGACGUACACGUGAAAAGAUUUGGUAAACCGCGAGAGUCGCGGAGCGCCUCGUCCGAAUACCAGCCACCAAUCAGAAAGGAGCCUUUCAACCAUCUCUCCGAACAAGAACUGAUCGAAGAAGCCAACAAAGUCCUAGCGCAGGCUGACAGCGUCACCUGCACCGCUGACCAUCCACCGGAGAAGUUCUUCUCACUUCCUCAUCGAAGGAAACUCAAGGAACAGCCUGACAGAAGGAACAGUGAUGACGCAGCCAUCCCUGACAAGCAACCGCUAGGAAGGUCCACCAGUGAUGUAAGCCAGAAAAGGAGGAAAGAACGCACAUCUCUUUCUACUUUAUUCAGGAAAGCGCAAAGGACCAAGAGUCCAGAAAAACCUGUUGUAGUAAACACUAAACCAGUCGUUAUUGUUAAGAGAAGUAAGAGUGAUGUGUCUGAUCUGAAGUCGAAUACAUCGUUGAAUACGCAGCCAAAACCAAUCAGGAAAAGAGCAGGUAGUGAGACUGAAGAGUUUUUGAAAUCACUGAGGAAUAAAAAGACUCAACUGUCGCCUAUAAUUGAAAGUUCUCCAAGAGAAGAUUAUUUCAGAAAAACACCUCCCUUAGAAUCUUUUCUGAAAAAGAACCAAAAUAGUAAACCAGAUACUAGCAAAUCUGAAAACAACAAUAAGGACAUCAAAAUAAAUCCAGUAGAAAAACCACCAAGGUAUAAGAGUCCUGAUAAGGAACCAAAACCUCCUGCAAGAAGCAAGCGAUCCAAGUCUUCUGACAAAGAGUUAUCUCCACCAAUCACUGAAACACCAAAAAGAAAAACUGAAGUCAAAAAGACCUUGCUUGUCGAUGAGAUUGAUACAGUGAGAAGUAAAGAUAAUCAUUCCGUUGAAGUCAAAGAUAGAAUAAAGGAUAGCAUCAAAAAAAUAGAAGAAAACAUCUAUGGUAGUAAAGAUAUGAUUCAUAGUAGUCAACAGCCUCCAGAUAAGCCACCUUUGACGAGAGGACAAACUGUUGAUCAAAUUGUUAGGAUUUUAAAAGAGGAUCAACUUGGUCCUCCUCCUAAAUCUCAUCUCAUAGCGGCACAGAGCGGUACAAGCACCAACCAACCCUUUUCAUACACAAAGCCUUCACUCAGUCCAGAUCCUAACUUAUUUGUUAGGAAUACUAGUCCCGACAGAGUACCAACACCAGUCAACAAAAUGAAUGACAAAGGUGUAGUUUAUGCCCAAGUCGUGAGAGAUAAGGAGAAUGGCACAAGUAACUUGGGCAAACAGACAGUACAUAAAACUUAUUCUCCAUCUAGGGAAAGAUUUUGUAAUAUGUCUGACGAAGAUGAAGGGUUAGGUUAUGAAGACAGGUAUAAAAUUUCACCAGACCCAAAAAAUAAUUCCAAAUACAAUUCACAUCAAGAUAAAAAUUACAAUAUUAUCGGAGAUUAUAAAGUGACCGAUUCCCCAAUCAAGCCCCGAUUCCGAGAAUAUAAACUAACAAGUUUUGAAGACUUUGAACCGACCUACGCUAAUGAGUUUCCCACAAAAGAACAAUAUUCUAGGGAUUUCGUGGAUUCUGCCAUUAGAGGUCGUGGAGAUGGAAUAGAUUACAAUAAGCGAAAACAAUCUUUAGAACCAGAACCUAAAAUUGAUUUAGACUUUAAUGAGUUAAGUCACAGAAGGCAACUUUUAGAAUCUCGUAUUAAUGCUAGAAGAUUAGAAAGAGAUAGAGUUCAUACUGAAGAACCAGCCAUAAGGUAUAUAAUGGAGAAAGAUCCAAUUUACGAGGCACAGAAACGUAUGAAGGCUACAGAGAAGUAUGUCAAUGAAACUGCAAGAUAUUACAGGCAUACUUUGGAAAAAGAUGGGUAUGCUGAGAACAAAGUAUCAGAAGAUUACAAUAAAUAUGACUCAGACAACAAUAAAAUAAAAUACAACACAGAAUCGAGAACAUUUAAUAAAGUUCCUAAGGAUGAGCUAGAUCGUAGAGAAUUUAUAGAAGGGAUUCCAACGGAUCGGUUUAAAGACGAACCCGCAAUGUUCCCACCGGAACCCGAAUAUGAACCACCAAGUCUUGAAAUUGUGAAUUCAAAUAAGCCAAUUACGUCCCCUAUUGAAUACACAGAAAAGAAAUACAAAGUAAAAACUAAGCACGUAACAUCUAGUCACGAUGUGAUAGAAACUGGUCAGAAGUAUAAAAAAGACGACUGGUUCAGCAAGAAAAAAGGACAUUACGCUUCUAACCCUGAAAUCAACCAAGAAAGAGACGAUGACUACGCGAACACACGAGACGAUCCAGAAACUUACCAUAAUUCUUUGAAAAGGGAAAAGAAUCGGGACAAAUAUUUGAAAGAAAACUAUGGGAUCCAACGUCACGAUUCAGGGGACAGUCGGGAUUACUACCGCGACGAACGAUCACCGCGCAGAUUCGACGUCGAUAACAGAUUAGUGGACUCCGGCAUAGAGAAUGACUUCCGCAAAGAUUCUGGUGAGCUGAAUCGCUCCAGAUAUCUGAAAAACGAUAGCGAUGACGAUAUGAGACACACAUCACUGCUAUUGGAAAGUGAACGGCAGCAUACAGAAGAUAACUACCACAGUGAGCAGUUAUAUGCCAACGGGGAGUACAUCACAAGGUUUGAAAGCACAAUGGAGUAUCCUAGAAAAGAGUACUCUUCACGGGAAAGGAGUUCUGAUGAAGGAGCCCGUUUCAGCUCAAGGAAUGGAAGAUACGACAAGAGUCCCAGCAGACACGAUGAUAAAGUUAGUGCGAAGCCACCGAAAGCUAAUGGCAAGAAACUUACUGGACUUGAAAAGAUGAAGCAGCUGUUUUCCCGCGACUCUUCCAAGAAGAGCUCGAAGUUGGAGAAGGAGGUGCAGCGCACGCGGGUGCUGAAGAGCCCCGAGCAGUCGGAGUCAGGGUACCGCCGGUACAGGGACCCCGAGCCCAGUGAUGAUGACCGCAGGAGGAGCGACCGCGAGGAUGGAGACAGAUACCGUAGCCCAGACGCCCACACUGUCAACCGGUACCGCGCCGACCGGCAUCGAACCCAGCACCGCGUGGAGAGAAGACGCUACGGCUCCUCCGACCGGGACAGCGAGCGGAGCCCCCGGCCUUCGGACCAGGACAGCGACCUCAAGGUCACCAGGGUCGUCCGGGCUAAGACCGCUGAUCCGUUGGAUUCGCCGGCCUUGGCGGCCAAGUACCGCGGUCGCCGGCGCCUCGCCACGCCGAGCCCGCCGCCCUCCCCGCCGCCCCUCGCCGCGCCCCCGCCGGCGCCCUCCAACUGGUUCAAGAGCCUCGACCGCCUCACGAGGAAGAGGAAUAAGAGCAGCAAGGUGACAAAAGACACCGAGGCACACACCGAAGACGAGUCGUCCCGCAAACCGUGGUCCAAGCCGACCAAGCCGCUCAACUCGCCCGCCAAGAACCUGCGCUUCUUCGGAGACACCGACCAGGACAGCGAUACCUACACCAAGCAGCAAGUGUCCAAGAGCCGCAGCCAUCCUUCAGGACGAAGCCACACCCUCCUCCGCAAAACGACUUCAAACUCCAGCACCGGAUUGGACGAGGUAGACCGAAGCGUGCUCUCAAACAAGAGUUCGUCUCUUUCCAACCUACAUAGAGAAGACAAGGACAGGAGACAAUACCACAAGCGGAACCUCCACAACAUCUCAGAGAUCCACAGCAAUUCAGAGAAUGAAAGUCAUAUCGGAAGGAGGGUUGAGCUAAAGCCGCCGAUAAGUCCUUAUGAGCGCAGCAGUAGGAGUCAUAGUAGCUCGAAGACCCUGAAGGGCAGUAAGCAGGAUGUCAGGAGACCAGGCAGCAGGGAAAGGGUGCUGGAAGACAGAGGCAGCUCGUCCGAACUAAGGAGCAGUAAGCAGGAGCUCAGCAGGGAUGCCACCAGGCACCGUCGCCGCACGCCCGCCAACCUAUCAGGAGAGAGCAGCACAGAGGGAGACUCGAGCCACCAAUCACAGCGGAGCGUGGUUUACCUGCACGCCACUACUGUUGGCGACAUCCCAGACCCUGGUCGUCUCGGCAAGAACCGUUCCCGCGACGACGUGUCAUCCGUGAACUCGUCCAACAUGCAGAUACGAACCACCCAGAAAACCUUCUCCAUCUUCGCCCCGUGGACCCCCAAGCACUACGGGGACCAACACGACGUCCACUACGCACAGAAACCACGGAAACCUAAGGAGAAGGAACCUAUUAAAAAGUAUUCGUCCAACAAAAACCUGGCUGACGACAGAGAGUCCACACUGCAAAAAAAGAAAUCAUACAGCCAGACCACGCUGAAUAGACGACCUCCAAGCAGUCGCCUUACUAACUCCAGCACAACACUAAACCGAAAACCGGAGAGGAGAACCGAAAGUGUGCAGAGCACAACACUAUCGCGGACGAAGAAUAAGAAAAGCCAAUCGAACGAAAUUUUGAAUAGAGAAAACGAACGCGAGCGGCUGUCAAGAUCGAUAUCCAUGCCCAAGGAUAAAAAUAAAAAGGCUGGCUGGUUCAAUUUGUCGAAUAAAAAUAAAAAACCAGAACUUAACACUAGAGUUCGUUAAAAUUUACAUUCCUUUUUUAUGUUUAUUUUAAUGCUUGAUUUUGUUAAAAUUAAGUAUUUUCCCGUAACUAUAAUGUGGUGCUAUAAAAAUAUAAGAAUCAAUCAUAAUAUUAUUAUACAUACCUAUAUAAAUAAUGCUUUCUUACAACGUGCCAUUAAAACCUAUUUUAUUCUGAUUAAUGUUACCAAUACCAUUUUACUUUCACCUUAAUCGUAAUAAAGUUAGUCAUUUUAAUGUUAAAAAGUUAAGAAACCCUAACGCUUUAUAAAUUACCUAUUAGGUAGGUAGGUAUUUCAUGUUUAUGUUGCUUUCUUUAAUUAUUGUGAUUAAGAAUAAGGAAUUCCUUUUUAUAAAUUACUAAAACUUUAUGAAUAAAAGACUAAAAUGUAAAGGAUAUAUGAGAAUAUUAAUAAAAUUAUUUUAAUGCACAUUUUACUGUAAAAUUAUUAUAAAUAAAGACUCUACUAAGUAUUA